CUUUCAUCCUGUGAGAAAGAGAGAGAGAGCGCGAGAGAGAGAGAUGCACUUGCUGUAUUUUUGUGGUAGCGCGCGCUCAAUGGGGUCACGAGGGACCGAACAAAACUCUGCGCGAGCGACCUGUGUGAUGAUGCUCUCGUGCUCUAUAAAGUAAUUGACUGUGCUUUCACCGGUGAGACUCCCACCCAACCAACGACACGUUUAGAUAUUCAGGCUUUUGCUGCUACAUCUGACUGAACUGUAGAACUUCACGAGUUUGUGGUUGUCAAAAUGAGCUCCUCGCUUCCAAAAAGCGAAUCCACCACGUCCCUCAUCAAAACAAACCGGAGAGUCCGCACGGACCCCGCGAGUCACCGCAACGGUCACCGGCACACGGGAGGCGGCGGCGGGGAAUCGUGUUGGACCGUAGAGUGCGAUGCCACCGCCCGCAGACCCCUGUGCCAACCGAAACUCGGACGAAAAGGGGAGAAGAUCCAGAAUCACCGCGGCCAGGAUGGAUAUCAUCAGGAGGAUGGACUGCAACACUGCAAACCGUCACGGCACCACCAGCACACCAUUGACCCCCCGGUCCAACUCCACGGGAAUUCACGCACCAGCCGGACGCCUUCGCCGACUCUUUCCCAAUCCAAGCGCUCGGAGGAAGCCGCGCUGUUCUUUGAAACGAAGGGCAAGCAUCGGACGGGCUCGAAUCAAAGCCUCACCUCUAGUCCACCUCCAGCGCUUCAGCACAGCAGCACGCGCGUCCCCGGGAGAGCUGGCGCGUACAGCGGCGCGCUUGAUGCAGACCUCCAUCCCAUAGUCAAAUCAGUCUUUGGACAGGACCGGAAGCGCAGCUACAAAGCAGUGAAGUCAUGUGAGGAAGGGGUGACAUCUGGAGAGGCCCUCGCGGCCUUGGCUCAGAACUCAACAUACAUGCACAAUGUGCUCGGGCCUGCCUGCAUCUUCCUCCGCAAGGGCUUCGCUGAGAGCCGGAAGGCUAACAGAGAGCUGAGACCAGAGGAAAUGGAUGAGCUACGAGAAGCCUUCAAAGAGUUUGAUAAAGACAAAGACGGCUUCAUUGGCUGCAAAGACCUGGGGAACUGCAUGAGAACCAUGGGAUACAUGCCCACUGAGAUGGAGCUCAUCGAACUGAGCCAGCAGAUCAACAUGAACCUGGGGGGACAUGUGGAUUUUGAAGACUUUGUGGAGUUGAUGGGCCCCAAACUUCUGGCUGAGACGGCAGAUAUGAUCGGAGUAAAGGAAUUGAGAGACGCUUUCAAAGAGUUUGACACCAACGGAGACGGUCAGAUCAGUACAGCAGAACUCAGAGAGGCCAUGAAGAAACUGCUGGGCCAGCAGGUGGGUCACAGAGAUCUGGAGGACAUUCUGCGGGACAUCGAUUUAAACGGAGACGGGCACGUGGACUUUGAAGAAUUUGUGCGAAUGAUGUCUCGCUAGAGGAAAGGUGGACAAACCACAUCAAAAACUGGAUCUCCUGUGCUCUGACAUUGGAAGAUGAGGAUGGAGGAGAUGAAGAGGAGAGGAAAGAUUAGGAGGAAAUGGGAGCAGCCUCACAAGAGGAACUUCUGGAAUAUGACCUCUGACCUCAAAGCACAAACGAAAGAACUGCACUAUAACCCUCCAUGACAGCUUUUAUGAAGCACAGAAGCCAACAGUGGCAAUGAGAGGAUGCCUCGCUCAUACUGUGAUCUCUGAUAUAUAUUUGUGAAACGGGUUUUAAACCCCAUAAAAAGCCUGCGAGGUGUCUGAUGCAAAAAACGCCCCGAGAGCAACCUUUCAAAAAAAGCGAGUGAUCAAAUUGCUGAGUUAAUAAGCAUCAAAAUAUCCAGUAUACUUUCAUUUACUGGCAUCUCACACCUACUUUGUGACAGUAGGGUGCAAUAACAUUGCUGUUUCAUAUUUAAGCUAUUUAUUAAUAUUUGUAAAGUAUAUAGAGAUGAGUGUGUAUAGUUCCCCUUUAAAAGACUCUGGCUGUUUUACAGUAGCCUAUGAUAUAUUAGAUUAUCACAAAGAUUUUAUUUUAUAUAUCAAUGUACUGGGAAAUGCUGGAAAUCUUUGCUAUCAAUCAUUUGCUAUUUAUUGUACAAUACAUUGGACCUAUGCACUACUGUAUGUGUGGACAUAUUUUUGAAAAAGUUGAGAAAGAUUUGCCAUAAAGAAAACAUUAAACUGCC